AGGUUAAGUGGUUACAGUUACUUUUAUUAAUUGGGCUUAAGCGUGGAAUUGAGCGCGUGUGAAGAAUGAGCAGUAGACGCAUCGACUGAAUCCCGGCUCCGUCUCCCUCGCCAUCAUGCUGCCCCUCAACGAUUCCAAGUCGCGGGUGCUGCUACGUCUGCCAUUCGCCAAGCUGGCUGUGACUGCUCUGAUUCUGCCACUGGGUGCCUUCUUUUUUUGUGUCAUCUGGUCGCUGACGUUUGAUUUUGUGCGCUCCACAUUCACGCACUGUGACGUCUCCAACUACUUGCCCUCGGUUUCGGCCGCAAUUGGAAACUAUGAGCCACAGAAGACUGUUUGGCGGUUGGCCAUCUUUCUGCAUCUACCGCUGCGUCUGUCAGUGGCGAAAAUGUAUCUAGGAUAUUACAGGGAUCACAUCAAACGCAACCGCCGUAUGUUUGGCAUCUUGGCCUGCACUUUAAACAUUAUCGAGAAUUUCGCACUCUUCUGCCUCUCGCUAUGGACAUCGGCUGACAACUACGAGAUACACCGGAACUCGUUUGUUGUGUUCAUAGCCUGCAGUGAGUGCUACAUGCUGAUCUCGUAUCUGUUAAAUAGGAAUGCGCGCAAGAUGAAUUUGAUGCCGCGUGAGGAGAAGUCGUUGCGAUUCAAGCGAAACCUGUUCUUCAUCAAUGUGAUCGCAUUUGGAUUGGCCGGUUACUGCUUUGUGCGGCACAAUAAUCGUUGCGAAACGGGCGUCUACACCUUCUUCGCGCUUUUUGAGUAUAUUGUGGUGCUGACUAAUAUGGGCUUCCACAUGACAGCUUAUUGGGACUUUUAUGGCCUAAACGUAGUACUGGAUGCCAAGGAUGGGAUCUAUUUAUCGCAUUUGUAGUUAGCAACACGAGCAAUCCUUCCUUCAUUUGUAUAUAUGUACGCGGUAUUAGCUUAAGCUCAAAGUUUACUUAAUUUUAAACCAAAUAGUAGCAUUUUUUAUUUGCAAUAGAAUAGUUGGCUAUGAGCACACAUUUUCAAA